AAGGAACAGCUGUUGGCCAGAAAUUAUAGAUCUGUUUGCUUCCUUUUCCUUGCCGCUUUACAGUUACCAAAUCGGCUAAAUAUAACCCAGUUGCACGUGGAGGAGGUUGCCGAACAGUCGAGUGACCAUGGCGGAGGACACAAGCUCGCCGAUGGACAGAUUCUGCGGUUCCACAUUCUGGAACUCAACGGAAUCAUGGUACACCAACGAUCCGGACUUCACGCCCUGCUUUGAGCAGACGGCGCUGGUCUGGACGCCCUGCGCCUUCUACUGGCUGUUCGUGAUCUUCGACUUCUACUACCUGAAGGCCAGUCUGGACAGGAAUAUACCCUGGAACAAGCUGAAUGUGACCAAGGCCUUGGUGAAUCUGGGCCUGCUGGUCAUCACCGCUUUGGAUUUGGUUAUGGCUUUGGUUAAGAAGGGCGGCGAUUCCGGCCUGCCGCGCUACGAUUUGGAUGUUUGGGGUCCCAUCAUCAAGUUCGCCACCUUCCUGCUGCUCUUCAUGUUCAUCCCGCUGAACAGGAAGUAUGGACUCCAGACCACCGGUUGCCAGUUCCUCUUUUGGUUCCUGCUCACCGUGCUGGCGAUUCCACGCUGCCGCACGGAAGUUCGGCUGAAUGCGGAUCGUCAGAAGAUCCUGGACUCGGCGCAGCCCUCCGAGCAGGACUUCUCCUGGGAGGAGUACCAGUUCGUCAGCUUCUUCAUCUUCUUCACCUUCAGCAGCAUCAUGCUGAUCCUGAACUGCUUCGCGGACGGCAUGCCGAGGCAAACCAAGUAUCAGCGAGGUGAGAACGAGAUUCCCGAGCUAUCGGCCAGUUUCCUGUCGAGAAUCACCUACCAGUGGUUCGAUAGCAUGGCCCUCAAGGGCUACCGCAAUCCGCUGGAGGAGAAGGAUCUGUGGGAUUUGAGGCCCCAGGACAGUUGCUCCGAAGUGAUGCCCAUUUUCGCGCACCAUUGGAACCAGAAUGUGCGCAAAAACUACAAGGGAAGGGCUCGCGUGGAGCCGAAGGCGCAGUUUAGUAAUGGAAAUGUGACCUUUGAAAAUCCGCAUGGCGAGAAGAAUGGUCGCAAGAAGGGCAUGGCCAGCAUUAUGCCGCCCAUCUACAAGUCCUUCGGCGGCGUCUUUCUGUUCGGCGCCCUGAUGAAAUUGUUCACCGACGUUUUGACCUUCGCACAGCCGCAGGUCUUGAGCCUGAUCAUCAGCUUCGUGGAGGCCCAUGAAACGGAUCCGCAGCCCGAAUGGAAGGGCAUCCUGUACGCCGUCUUGCUGUUCGUUUUGGCCGCUGCCCAGACCUUUAUCCUAGGUCAGUACUUCCACCGCAUGUUCAUCGUGGGCCUGCGUAUCCGGACCGCCUUGAUCAACGCCAUUUACCGCAAGGCCCUGCGCAUUUCGAAUUCCACCAAAAAGGAGUCCACCGUGGGCGAGAUCGUCAAUCUGAUGGCUGUGGACGCGCAGCGUUUCAUGGAGCUGACUACCUACCUGAACAUGAUCUGGUCGGCGCCUCUGCAGAUCGGCCUGGCCCUCUAUUUCCUCUGGCAGCAACUGGGACCGUCUGUUUUGGCCGGUCUGGCCGUGAUGAUUAUCCUGAUCCCCGUGAACGGAGUGAUUGCCAGCCGCAUCAAGACCUAUCAGAUCAGACAGAUGAAGUACAAGGAUGAGCGCGUUAAGCUGAUGAACGAAGUCCUGAGUGGCAUUAAGGUCUUGAAGUUAUACGCCUGGGAGCCGAGUUUCGAGAAGCAAGUGCUGGACAUCCGUGACAAGGAGAUUGCCACCCUGCGAUCCACCGCCUAUUUGAACGCCGGAACCUCCUUCCUGUGGUCCUGCGCACCCUUCCUGGUUUCAUUAGUCACAUUCGCCACUUACGUUCUAAUCGAUGAAAAUAACGUGCUUGAUGCCACCAAAACCUUUGUAUCAUUAUCAUUAUUCAACAUUCUCCGUUUUCCGUUAACAAUGUUGCCCAUGCUGAUCACCAACCUGGUGCAAACGCAAGUUUCUGUGAAUCGUAUAAAUAAGUUCCUGAACAGUGAGGAACUGGAUCCCAACAGUGUUCUCCACGAUUCAUCCAAACCCCACCCCAUGAGCAUUGAGAAUGGCGAGUUCUCCUGGGGCGAUGAGAUCACUCUGCGCAACAUCAACAUCGAGGUCCACAAGAGCAGCCUGGUGGCCCUGGUCGGCACUGUGGGCUCCGGCAAAUCGUCUGUCGUUCAGGCCUUCCUCGGCGAAAUGGAGAAACUUGCUGGCGUUGUCAACACAGUGGGCAAGUUGGCCUAUGUGCCGCAGCAGGCGUGGAUCCAGAAUGCGACGGUGCGGGACAACAUCCUCUUUGGACAGCCCUACGACCGGAAGCGCUACAACAAGGUGAUCGACGCCUGCGCCCUGCGUGCCGAUAUCGACAUUCUGUCGGCCGGCGACUCCACGGAAAUCGGUGAGAAGGGCAUUAAUUUAUCAGGUGGCCAGAAGCAGCGAAUCUCGCUGGCCCGUGCCGUGUACAGUGAUGCCGAUCUCUAUCUGCUGGACGAUCCGCUGAGCGCAGUCGACGCCCAUGUGGGCAAGCACAUCUUCGAGGAGGUGAUCGGACCCAAGGGCAUUCUAGCACGCAAAUCUCGCGUGCUGGUCACCCACGGUGUCACCUUCCUGCCCCAGGUGGACAGCAUCUAUGUGAUGAAAAUGGGCGAAAUUAGCGAGAGUGGCACAUUCGAUCAGCUGGUGAAGAACAAGGGCGCCUUCGCCGAUUUCAUUAUCCAGCAUCUGCAGGACGGCAAUGAGGAGGAGGAGGAGCUUAACCAGAUUAAGCGCCAGAUCUCCAGCACCGGAGAUGUCCCUGAGUUGCUGGGCAGUGUCGAGAAGGCCAUUAAGUUGGCGCGCACGGAAAGCUUGUCGGAUUCGAUCUCCGUUACCUCCGCUGAUAGUUUAAUGGGCGGAGGAGGAGGAAGUCUCCGUAAGCGGGGACGAGCUAGGCGUCAGAACUCCCAUGACUCCGUUGCCUCCGCAGCCUCCCUGAAAAAGAAGCAGGAGGUCGAAGGCAAGCUGAUUGAAACUGAAAAGUCACAGACCGGUGGCGUAGAGUUCGCCGUUUAUAAGCAUUACAUCAAGAGCGUUGGAAUCUUCCUUUCGGUGGCCACAUUGGUACUCAACUUUGUUUUCCAAGCCUUCCAAAUCGGCUCGAAUCUGUGGCUCACUCAGUGGGCAAACGACCAAAACGCCGGCAACGACACUGGACUCAGGGACAUGUAUCUGGGUGUUUACGGUGCCUUCGGAUUUGGCCAAGUCACCGCGUACUUCCUUUGCUCACUCACGUUGGCCCUCGGAUGCAUCUACUGCUCCAAGGCGCUGCAUGAGAGGCUCCUGACAUACGUAUUCCGCUGGCCCAUGGAGCUGUUCGAUACCACGCCCCUCGGGCGCAUUGUCAAUCGAUUCUCGAAGGACGUCGAUACCAUCGACAAUGUCCUGCCGAUGCUUUGGCGCAUGGUCAUAAGUCAAGCGUUUGCGUAUUUCUCUCUCCUUUUUUAUUGUGUUACGUCAUUCUUUUCGGAUUUGGCUCCGGCGCUGGGCAGUUUGCAUGCCGCGACAGUCCUGCACUCGAUGCUCCUCGAGAAUGUGAUGAAAUCACCAAUGGCCAUGUUCGAUACGACGCCGGUGGGUCGCAUCCUGUCCCGAUUCUCGAAAGACGUAGAAUCGGUUGACCAGAAAAUGCCGCAGGUCAUAAAUGAUUGCAUUUGGUGUGCUUACGAGGUUCUGGCUACCAUUGUGGUUAUUAGUUUGUCCACGCCGAUUUUCUUGGCCGUGAUCGUGCCCAUCGCCUUCCUGUACUACUUCGCCCAGCGCUUCUACGUGGCCACUUCCCGUCAGCUGAUGCGUCUGGAGUCCGUAUCCCGAUCCCCCAUCUACUCGCACUUCAGCGAAACUGUCACCGGAGCUUCGACAAUUCGUGCCUACAACGUGGGAGAUCGCUUUAUUGACGAAUCCGAUGCCAAGGUGGACAAGAACCAGGUGUGCAAGUAUCCCUCCGUGAUUGCCAACCGUUGGCUGGCCAUUCGUCUGGAGAUGGUGGGCAAUCUGAUCAUUCUGUUCGCCUCGCUAUUCGCCGUUCUGGGAGGCCAAACCAAUCCCGGCCUGGUCGGUCUGUCCGUGAGCUACGCCCUGCAGGUGACCCAAACCCUCAACUGGCUGGUGCGCAUGUCAUCCGACAUUGAGACCAACAUCGUGUCCGUGGAGCGCAUUAAGGAGUACGGCGAGACCAAGCAGGAGGCUGCCUGGGAGCUGGAGCAGGACAAGAGCAAGCCCAAGAACUGGCCGCAGGAGGGGCGCGUUGAGUUCCAGAACUUCCAGGUUCGCUAUCGCGAGGGUCUGGAUCUGGUGCUGCGCGGAGUUAGCUUCGACAUCAGGGGUGGCGAGAAGGUCGGCAUCGUGGGUCGCACGGGAGCCGGUAAAUCCAGUCUCACACUGGCCUUGUUCAGAAUCAUUGAAGCUGCCGGUGGUCGCAUCUCAAUUGAUGGCGUGGACAUUGCCACUAUGGGCCUGCACAUGCUGCGUUCCCGCCUGACAAUCAUCCCACAGGAUCCCGUGCUCUUCUCUGGAUCGCUGCGCAUCAAUCUGGAUCCCUUCGAAAUCAAGACAGACGAUGAAAUCUGGAAGGCCCUGGAGCUGUCCCAUCUGAAGUCGUUUGUCAAGAGCUUGGCAGCUGGUCUAAACCACGAGAUUGCCGAGGGUGGUGAGAAUCUGUCGGUGGGUCAGCGCCAGUUGGUUUGCUUGGCUCGCGCUCUGCUGCGCAAGACCAAGGUUCUGGUGCUGGACGAGGCCACGGCAGCUGUCGAUCUGGAAACCGAUGAUUUGAUCCAGAAAACAAUCCGCACGGAGUUCAAGGAGUGCACUGUCCUCACUAUUGCCCAUCGCUUGAACACUAUUUUGGAUUCGGACAAGGUGAUCGUGCUGGACAAGGGACAGAUCACGGAAUUCGCCUCGCCCACAGAGCUACUGGACAAUCCCAAGUCGGCCUUCUAUAGCAUGGCCAAGGACGCCAACCUAGUUUAAGAUCCACGAAUGUCAACUUGAAACUCCACGAAACUCAAACGAAAGAGUGCCCCCCCAACAAAAUCAACCUAGGAAUAUAGAUUAACAAGAAGAAAAUCAUUGAACGGUAGCUUUAAGCCAUUUGGCACUGACAACUGGCUGUCGGAAAAUGCUCUACCUCAUGGCUAGGACAACCAACUAUGAAACAAAGCAA